GGUUCGCCUUCCCAGACUGGGCUUACAAGCCCGAGUCGAGCCCCGGGUCCAGGCAGAUUCAGCUGUGGCACUUCAUCCUGGAGCUGCUCAGGAAAGAAGAAUAUCACGACGUCAUCGCCUGGCAGGGGGACUACGGCGAGUUUGUGAUCAAGGACCCAGAUGAAGUGGCUCGGCUGUGGGGGGCCAGGAAGUGUAAACCCCAAAUGAACUACGAUAAGCUGAGCAGGGCACUGAGAUACUACUACAACAAGAGGAUCCUCCAUAAGACCAAAGGCAAGAGGUUCACCUAUAAGUUCAACUUCAAUAAACUGGUUUUGGUCAACUACCCCUUCAUCGAUAUGGGCUCCACUGGAAGCAGCGUUCCUCAGAGCGCCCCUCCUGUCCCCACCGGUGCAGGGACCCACUUCCGCUUCCCUCCUUCAACUCCCUCCGAAGUCCUCUCCCCCAACGAGGACUUGCGCAGCCCUGGCGGCAUGUUCAGCUCGGUGGCCCGACGAAUGGCCCGCGGCUCCGUCAGCGAUUGCAGCGAUGGCACCUCUGUCAAUUCUGAGAUUGAGGAGGGCAACGCAGGAGCAGGAGAGGAGAGGGGAGAGAGGGGCGUGAGUGGAGGAGGAGGAGGACCUGGUGGUGGAGGAGGAGGUUAUCGAAGUAUCAUCCACCCCCGUCUGUCUCAUGAAACCCUGUUCCGUAUGUAUGGAGGACCAGGUAACCCCGCUGGGCACCCGGGCUCCCGCGGCCCCACAGGCCACCGGAUCCACCCAGACUCCCUGUCGCCCUUCCCUGUGUCCCCUCUGCCAGGACCAGGAGGAGCUGGCCUCUUAGCCCCUCCUCUGUCCCCAGCGCUCUCCAUGACCCCGACAUCUCACCUCCCUUACACUCCUUCACCCACCCUUUCCCCCAUGUUAGGCUCCCACUUCUCCUUCAACCCAGAGGACAUGAAGCGCUACCUGCAGGCCCACACUCAGUCAGUAUACAACUACGGCCUCAGCCCCAGAGCUUUCCUCCAGUACCCCAACAUCGUCAUCCCUCAGCCACACCGGCCCGCUGCAGACAAGGCCGGUCUGACCGGAGAGAGAGGCGAGAGGGCGGAGAGGGCAGCGACGGCAGGGGGAGGAGAGAGGGGAGGCGAGCGGCAUCACCAUCCAUCUCUGGCUCACUCUGCCCACCACCACCCGCAUCCACCUCACUCUGCCCACCCUCACCCCCAUUCUCAUCCCAUGCAUCACCCACUCCACCUGGGUGAAGAGCCUCCACACAUGUCUCCCUUCAAGUUCAAGCUGCAGCCACCACCACCGGGCAGGAAGCAGAGGGACAGUCAAAGCCAGAGUAAACCCCGGCAGAGCUCCAUGUCCUCAGGUUCAGGAUCUGGGUCCAUGUCUUCUACCUCUGGCCUGGGAUCCUCGCUGUCAUUUGGUAGUGACCUGAGCUCAGCCAGCGGCUCAGGCCUCAUCUCUGCCUCCUCCUCAACGCAGUCCCUAAACAGUGCAGGACUUCCCAAGAUAAAGGUGGAGCCCAUCUCUGACAUCGAGUCAGAGGAAGAGGUGGAGGUGACUGACAUUAGUGACGAGGAUCCAGAUGAGAGAGAUGAGGAAUAUGAGCUGUUCUCCCCUCGCCACUCCAGACUCCCUAACCACCACCACCACCACCACCACCAUCACCGCCUCAAUAACGGCACAGCUGCCCCACAACAUCAACACCAUCCUGAUGAAGACCUGGACGAGGAUGUCUUCAAAGCCCCUGCUCCACCUCCACCUGGCCUGAUGCCUUUCUUCACCUCACAGCACAUACACUCCAAUGUGCAUCGUGGGCUGGCUACCCUCAAGAGUGAACCCACCGAACCAGGGGACAGUAACACACCCCCACCUCAGACGGGCUCGGCGGGAUCUCCUCAGACGAAGUGCAUCCCCCUCAAGCUGCGCUUCAAGAGGCGCUGGAGCGAAGACCAGCGCAUGGAGGCCUCACAGGAGGAGUCGGACGACAAGAAAGUACGACCAGAGGAGGAGAGGGAAAGAGAGAGGCAGAGUAAUGGGCGGAUGGAGAUGGAAGAGGAUGGGACAGGCAGUGGAGAAGGGGACAGCCCUCCCCCAUUGGCGUACGAGGGCUCUUUAGCCACACCGUUGAGGGUGAGCGCUGAGCUGCAUCGUGCCACUGCACAGCUGUCUCUGGAGAACAAAGACUGCUGAUGAGAGACGCAGCCCAAACACUACUGCUCCACUAGCACUGGAGGUGGCACAGGAGUAUGUAAAUGGUUCCUCUUUAAUCCCUCUCCUUCACUGACAAACUAGAUUCCUGAAACCUCCAGUGAACUGAGAGCACAGUCCAACAUACACACAUAUAAAACACCUCAGAGACAGUCUGACUCGUGUUCUGUCAGAUCCCCCAUCAAUCCUCUGUCUGGAUCAGGGCUCUUCUGGGACUCAUCCUUUGGGAGGUGGGACUCACUCCGACUCAGCCAUCCCAGGCACAGUGACUGUAACAAGGCUGAAAUCAGAGGGAGGCUCCCUUAUGAAACUUGACUCCCAAGUUCACCUCCCACCUGGCCAGUGAACCUCCAGAUGCCCUGCCCCAGUAGCACCGCCUAGCUCCCGCCUUCAGGCCCCAUCAGUAGAAUCCGCAGCCAGUCAGCACUUUCCUCAGGGGACACAAACUCCCUUACAGCCCAGCAACACACCUACGAUGACGAUGUGCACACCCUCCCCUAUGCUACUUCUCCUAUAAGCUGACGGGACGUUGAUAAGUGCCUGUAUCUAAAACCCACAGCCCUGGAGUGACACGGAAGAGAGCAAAGGAGCUGGAGUGGACUGCUACGAGUAAUCAAUUAACUCGUGAAACCCUUGUAAAUGUUGGCAGAUACUGAAAAAUCAUGGUGGGAGGGAGAGGAGUGUGUCUUCAAGACUGAAGAGUGGGGCUGUUGGGUGUCGUCUGACUGACUCUUAAACCUGGCCCACUCCACUCAGGGAAGCCUAUUGCUGUAUGUUUUAUUGGAAUCAUGCACAAAAACACACACAAGCAAAAAACAAAACAAGACAAAAACAGCCGUCAGCGAAGGGGACUCACGUUGGAAGCAUUGCUUAUGGACACCUAACAAUGUUCACUGCAACGCAAAGACUCACACAUCCACACUUACACGGACUUUGACUCUGGCACACUGUUCUCUCAGAGCUUUUGACUUUUGUAUAACCUUCCUUCUGUCUCUCUCCUGUCCUGCCCCCUCUUUCUCUUGCGGACCACCUGUGGAAAGAUCAUGACUCCACUCACAGAAAUAAUUUUAACCCCAGGGAGAUGUGAGGAGAGGAAAAAGAGAAGAAUGAAGAAGUACUUCAUUGUAGAGGAAGGACUGCUGAGGGGGGACCAAGAGGGGAAAGCAGCAGGGGAAGGAAGGUUUGAGGGGUUCCAGGAACCGUUAACUAGCCUUCUCACCUCACCUAACAUGGCUUGUAUACUGAAAAUAGUUUCUCUCAAGUCCCAGCAGCACAGAAUCCUAGUUCACCAGCUAAAGCUCCUCUAACAAUCAUAGAUAGUGUUAAAAUAAACCAGCAAAGACACACACACACACACACGCGCGUGCACGACACUGCCUUUAGCUUUUAAACAUCCCUCUCUCUCUCGCGCUGCGUGUCAGGACCACCAGCUCUCCCUGUAGUGACGUCAUCCUCAGGUCCUGAGAGUGUGUGAGACUGCCAGGCCUGUUAACUACAUGAGUGUGGGAGCCUGAGAGAGCAGGGAACAUCAUAGACCUCACACACACACACACACACACACUGCCUCUCUAUGCCUUGUUUUUAUAGCAUGUAUAAAAGUGCAAACUGAGCUCUAAUAACACACAUACAGACUAUAUCUUUAUAUAUUCUAAAUGAAAUUAUUAAAAAAAAAAAAGUGAGAUUUUAAAAGAACCAUAGCAUUUUAAUGACAUUGAUUCAGGAUUUUUUUGUAAGUGGAUUAUUUUGAGUGGUAAAGACGCGUCAUGCCACUCACAAGGUAAUGUGAUACGGAGGGGCGGGUGGGCAGAAUGAUGAGGGGAUGGGGUCCGGGUUUCUCUUGUACAUUUGUUUCAUAGACAAGCCAGAGAAAAACAGCACAGGCCAGACUUACCAGAACAAGACCAGCGAGAGAGGGAAAAAAAACAAACAAAAAAAAAAAACAGGACUCGAACAGACUGCUAAUGAUUCAGAUGUGUGGUUCACUGCUGUUCACUUCAUUGGCAGUAGCUUUGCCCUUUUAGCACGCAGCACUCUGCUCUUUCCUGUCUGUACAGUCUAGCUCAGCUCAGUGGGGUUCUCCCCGGCCUGAGCGCUCCUGGCCCCAGGCCACCUCUCCAGGCCCUCGGUGUGUGUGUGUGUGCGCGUGUGUGUGUGCGUGGGAAUUAGCUCAUGGGUUAUUAGUGAAAUAGUUAUCCUGUCUUUUCUGCCAGUUAGCAUAAUGCUCAAAAGUUCAGCUCUGGAUUGGGGCAAGGGAGAGAGAGGGGGUUAAUCAUUACUGUAAGAAAAGUCGGACAUGUGAGGCCUCUGUCCUGAAAGGCCCUCUCCUCAAACUAUGCACAUUCACACAUACACACAAACGUUUCAACAUCCUGGAGCUUUUUUUUCGUCUCUGCGGCCAGUUCGUCCGAUUGGUUGAGGGAGCCGCGUUGACCAGCCGUCUGUCCCUGCCUGGCCAGCGACAAGACGGAUCUAUAGCAGCGGACUGUGAGAUAGAUGGCCUCCAGGCGCUCUGUGUAGCUGAGCUGAUUGAAUUUCCUCAUCAGACCCCUGUGGUCUGGACUGGAGCAUGUCACAACACACACACACACACACACACACACGCACACACACCAAGUCCUGUGUAUGUAUUUGAACUGACAGCUGCCUUACUACUACUACUACUUGUCAUAUCUCAGCAACAGAUGAGGCAUCAGCCUUACCUGCUCUGCACUCUCUCUCUCUCUCUUCUUUCUGUUUCAUUUUUCCUCGCUGUGUUUCAGGCGUUGUCUGACUUCCUGCUAACCGCGGCGUGAUCUGACUCGGUCAUGGUAUUGCAGGGUAAAAAGAUUGAUUGGACUCUGAUUGUAACACAGGCUCUCUCUCAUCCUGUUUCAGGCCUCUACAGUCAAAGAACGGUAGAUAAACAGCACAAAGAUUACAUUUCUCUAUCAAAAGAAUAAAAGUUUCUCAGUUUAUUUUUCUGAUGUCGAUAUUGCUAUUGAUUAUUGUUGUUGUUAUUGUUCUCAUUGGGUUAUUUACCUCUCCACCUGGCAUUAUUAUUAUUCCAUGGCUCUGUUAGCUGUUGCUUUUUAUGUUGUGUACAUCACUUUGGAUGAUGUGAAACCCCCCCCCCCUCCAACUCCAUUCCCUGUUUUAAACCUUAAAGCCCCCAAAUCAGAGACCUUUUUCUUGUCUUUAGUUUUUACAAAUGUAAUAUAACUAAAAUGUGUAAUAUUAAUUUUGAUGCUGACAGAGAAAUAACAUCGGGGACUGAGCGGGAAGGGCAGCGGCGGAGGAUUUUAUUUAGGCGCAGUGGGGGAGUGAUUUUAUCUUUUUUGUCAUCGUAUUGUAAUUUUUAUUUUAUAAUGUUACUUUUUUCUCUCUCUUGCUCUUGUAUAUUUUUCUUUUUUUGGGGAAGGGGGGGUUGUAUCAUUUUAAAAGAAGAAAAAAGAUGUGUAUUGUUUGACUGUGUAAAGGUCUUUCUUCUCCCUCUUUCAGUCUCUCUUCUUUCGCCUCGUCUCCCCCGAGCAGUUACAUAACACUCAGAUGGAGAGAUGAGAGUUAAUACCAUGAUGUAACACAUUGAAUUUCUCCACUUCUUUCGUGUUUUUUUUUUUUUUUUCCAAACUUGUAAUUAAGCUGUAAUCAGGGUUAAUUAAAACUGGUUAAAACCCAA